CGAUGUGUGCGCCUGCGCAGUAGGGCGCCAGCGAGGCGGCGCGAUGGCGGGCGCGGGGUUGGGGUCGGAGCUGCCGGAGCCGGCGGGGUUGGCGCACUGGGCCGGGCUCAUGGCGGGCUUCGCCGAGCGGCUGGGCGGGCAGGGCCGGCGGCUGGUGCUGGUCACGUCGGGCGGGACGAAGGUGCCGCUGGAGGCGCGGCCCGUGCGCUUCCUGGACAACUUCAGCAGCGGGCGGCGCGGCGCCGCCUCGGCCGAGGCCUUCCUGGCGGCCGGCUACGCCGUCCUCUUCCUCCACCGCGCCCGCUCCGCCUUCCCCUUCGCCCACCGCUUCCCGCCGCAGGCCUGGCUGCCCGCGCUGAGGCUCGUCGACCCCGACCCUCGGGACCAACACGCUUCGCGGGACGUUGAUCGGGCCGGGGCUCGGGACUCGCCGCGGCCCUUGGCCAGUCCUCAGGCCUUGUCCCCUGCUCAGGCCUUGGCCAGUCCUCAGGCCUUGUCCCCUGCUCAGGCCUUGUCCCCUGCUCAGGCCUUGGCCAGUCCUCAGGCCUUGUCCCCUGCUCAGGCCUUGGCCAGUCCUCAGGCCUCUGCACAGGCCUUGUCCAGUCCUCAGGCCUUGUCUAAUCCUCAAGCCUUGCCUAAUCCUCAAGCCUUGUCCUCUGCUCAGGCCUUGUCCAGUCCUCAGGCCUUGUCCCCUGCUCAGGCCUUGUCCCAGCCUCAGGCCUCAUCCCCUCAGUCCUGUCAUGAGGCCUCCUCCCACCCGGCCCCGUCCAGUCCCCAGACCUCAUCCCGCAGGCCCCAGGGCCCGGGGCCGAUGCUGCGUCUGGAGGCGUCGAUGUCGGCGCUGCCGGGCUUGGCCACCGCCCUGCGGCGCUACCAGGAGGCGUUGGCCGCCGGCACCUUCCUGGCGGUGGAGUUCACCACGCUGGCCGACUACCUCUACCUGCUGCGAGCCGCCGCCCGGGCGCUCAGCCCGCUCGGCUCCUCGGCGAUGUUUUAUCUGGCAGCGGCGGUGUCCGAUUUCUACGUUCCUGCGUCUGAAAUGCCGCAACACAAGAUCCAGUCCUCGGCGGGGCCUCUACAGGAAAAAGUUCAGCUGGAAGAUGUACUUCACCAUCUCAGAAAAGAAGGAAUUGACCCGCAUGCUACUGCAGAAGAACAACUUUGUUAUGUCUGGAGCUUAUUUCAGCACAGUGAAGGCAGGUUAAGAUCUGCUACCCAAGAUUUAGAAGACCUUAAACUAAAACAAGCAGAAGAGAUGAAAGAAGUAGAAAAUUAUGUGACACAUAUUCGUAACCUAACAGAAGAACGAGAAGCUCUCACAACAGAUUUUGAAAAGGAAAAGGAGCAGCUCAAACUUGAAGUUCAAGGACUGCAGCUCCAAAGAGAAGCCCAGCUGAAGGAGGUUGAGGAAAUGUUGGACCGAGAGGAUUUACCUGAAAUAGCUCACAGCAGCCCCAGUGAGCAGAUCGCAUAUUUACUGGUAGAAAGAACUGCACUCUUGGAGAAAUUGGAGCUGGCAGAUCCCAAGUUGGAAUCCUCCAGUCACGAAGGCAGUGGCUUGCCGGAAGUUCAUCAUCAGGGUGAUCUCAAACAUGCCCGUCAGACAUUAGAAGCCGAGCUUCAGCAACAACGAGAAUCCACGCAACGGACUAGAGAUAUUCUGACUAAGUGCCAUUAUGAAGAACUGGAAAAAGAGAAAACUUUACGGAAAUGUGUGGAGCGGGAUGUGGAAGAAGCAACUGGGAGGUUGCAGAUGGCUCAUCAGGAGAUUCGCAGACUGACCGAUGAACUCGAUUCAAAAAGAAAGGAGCAAAGUAAACUGGAGCUUGCUUUGGAGUCAGCCCAACAGGAGAUUAAGAAAUUGGAAGAAAAUAUGAGUAAAUAUAAAGAUAGUGAUUCCGUUGAUCUGCAGAAGGCCAAGGAACGUAAUCAAAGCCUGGACAAGGAGAUUCUAGCUUUACACAGUCGGGUCCAGACCCUUGACUCAGAAAGAAAUGAGUUCGUGGAACUUGUUGCAAAACUUAAGGAAGAAAUUCGUAAGUACCAGGAGAAUGAGAAAGCGGGACUCCUCUUUCCCAGGCAGAAUGCAAGUCUUGAACAUACAAUGCAGGAUAAAAAGAACAAGGAAAGAAAGUGCUUUGAAUGUGAAGCAGACCCAAAUCAGCACAGCCAUGAAAUGCUUCAUAAAAGGUGUCAGAAGGCAAUUGAAGAACGAGAGUGCAGGAACGCUGAGCUCCUUUAUAAGCUCCAAAAGCUUGAACGGGAACAUGAAGAUCUGGUGGAACGGAACGAAGAAUUAGAAUCCAUUUUGGGAGAGACUCAGUGCCAAACCAAAGAAGAGAGAGAGUAUUUUGAAUGUGAAACUGAAAGACUUCAAAGGAAAAUCUCCAGUUUGGAGGCCGAGUUAUCCAAAGUCCAAAAAGGCACGUCGGAAAGCAGCCAAGAAACAGUUAAAAAAGUACAAGAUUUCCAAGAGAUAUUGAAAAUGAAUCAAGAAAAAAUGGAAAUACUUGAAAGUAAGUUAUCAGAAGAAAGAGAAUGGCGACAGCAGCUGGUAUCUGACCUUGAUACUGCACAAAAGGGUUUGAAGGCCAGAAAUGAGGAAUUACAAAACUCAGAGUCAGAGCUCAUGUGUCUUUACAAAGAAAUCCAAAGGGCAGCAGAAGACCAAGAUUUUCUUAAUGCUACACAUGCAGUACUGCAAAGAAAGAAUUCUUUAUUAAAAAUAAAGGUGUUGAAGCUUUCUCGAGAUUAUGAGCAAUUAAGUCUGUUAAUUAUGGGGGAAAAGGCUGCAGAUAAGUGUUUCCUUUCCAUUGAAAACCCAUUUAAAGAGCCUAUGACUAAAGCACAAAUAUUGGAAGAACAAAGCCCGGGCACAGAGAGAAGGCAGUUCUGCGAAUAUUUUGACUCUGAUGGUUUGUGCUUUGCAUUCAGUGCUGAAGUUGCAGGAAGCAACAAGCACGUGGCGAUGGAAGACGAGGUGAAGGGAGACUCUAGCCAGAAAGAGAGGCAAAGGGAAGAACGUCUCCAAGUGAGCCGGGACGUACACGUCGAAGGACCGCUGGGUUGUAGCACUUCUGAGGAAGUAGUGAGUCUUAGUGAAGAGACGAGCCAUUUGAGUGACCAGUUUCUCCAGUUCCGCAGUUCUGGAGAUAGCACAGAUGACAGUAGCAAGCAGCCUCCGUCCGGAGAGGCAUCGCCACAGCAGCAACGGGAAGAACUGCAGCAACUUCGACAGGAUUUCCUUCGGAUCCAGAAUCUGUGUAGCUCGGCCGAGAGAGAGCUCCGAUACGAACGGGGGAAGAGUUCAGAUUUAAAGCAACAUAAUGCUUUGCUUCAGCAAGAAAACACUAAGGUCAAAGCCGAAUUGAAGCAGGUCCAGCUGAAGUUAUCAGAAAGUACAAAGAUGUAUUCUUCCCUCACAGGCAAGUGGGAGCACUGUCAGCAAAAUAUCAAAGAGCUCGAACUUGAGGUUCGGAAGCAAACCGAGAAAACUCAAUCUCAGAACGACCUGGAAGAGCAACUUUCUCAAGAAAAAGCCAGAUUUGCCGAUGCAGAAAAGAUGCGUUUGGAGCUCCAGCAGAACCUGAAAGAUUCCCUUCAGAAGUUCAGCCGGGUCGAAGUGGAAAAAAAUCAACUAAUGGGAAAAAUGAAAGAGGCCAGAGAAAACGAAGAAAAAUUAAAGCAGCACUAUCAGGAAGAACAACAACAAAGGAAAUUCCUUGAUCAGACUAUACAGACACUCCAGCAGCAAAUACAAUUCUUACGUGACAGAGAGACUCUCUUGGAACAGACUGUGGUUCAGCAGCAGUUAAAAAUCAAAGAACAUCAGGCCCUACUUCAAGAGUUAGAAGAUGAAAAGAAAAUAUCUGAUGAACAUCUUCAUUGUCAAAAGAACCGCCAGAAACUGUCGGAACAGCUGUCCGCGUUACAACAAGAGAAGGAAACCCAGCACGAAAAAUAUAGUGAAUUCUUGAAUCAAUUUGAUGCCCAUGUGAGAAAAUAUAACGAAAAGCAACUCCACCUAAAAGCCAAGGUGCGCAGAGCCAAGGAGAGUUUUGUCCACGAAGUGCGGCAAAGGGACGAUACGAUCAAACAGCUUGAACACGAAAUUGAGAUAAUGCGGAAACAGCUGGAAAAGGGAGAGGAAUUUCACUCCCAAAUCAUCGCCAAGAAUGAGACCCUACUUCGGGAAAACUGGAAACUCUUAGACGAGCUCAGUGUUCAGGAAGAAGUCGCAAAAGACAGCAAAUUGAUAAUAACUUCUAUCCAAAACAGAGUCUUUUUCCUGGAUGAAGAAAACAAGCGACUGCAAGAAGGCACCCUCCGGCUCAGCCAGCAGGUGAGCCUCCUGGAACGCAUUUUAAGGAACAUCCAUUCUUCCAGCGUGGAGGAGAUAACUCUGAGCGUGUCCUCUGGCUGCCAGCUGUUCAGUAAGAAUUUGCCUCUUCCUCCAGUUUCCAGCUUUUCAGCACCAGGUUUGAUAGAACCCCUUAAGAGCCUUAAAGCGAGCGAAGAACCCAGGUCGGAAGAGGCAACGGGAAGCUCGAAGACUUCUCUGUCCGUCUCGGAAUCCCAAUGUUCCGAGGCGGGUUACCUGAACGUGGCUUCGCCAGAAGGCCGGCCGGGCGUCCGGGGGAAGGGAAAAGCAGUGUCAUAGCUCCUUCGCCGCGCACGUCCCACGGCAGCUCGUACGGAGCUCUCGGCCCCGGGCUCAAGAGGAAGAUGGCCUCAGAACUCCACCGGGUCCCACCGGGAUUUCUAGAAACUGCCAGAUCCGUUCAUUAAAUAAUUCCCUUAAGGGAGUUGCAUUUUC